AUGGUGGACUCGACGGUCGAAUGCGAGUUGAUUUGCAUGCUUGAUGUCUAUCAAGGCUACCACCAGGUACCACUCACGCGCGAAGAUCAGGAGAAGGUCAGCUUCGUCACUACUGAUGGGACGUUCUGCUACAAGGUCAUGCCGUUCGGGCUAAAGAACGCUGGCGCCACCUAUCAGAGGAUGAUGAACAAAUAUCAACCUCGGUCUGCCAUAAAAGCACAGGCCCUGGCGGACUUUGUCGCGGAAGUACAAAAUCUGGAACCUGAGUCCUCAUGGAAGGUGUACGUGGAUGGUUCGUUCGCUCGCCAAGGAAGUGGGAUCGGUAUAUUACUCAUCUCUCCUAGAGAGGACCGGGUGCAGUUAUCCAUUCGGCUGGAUCACCGGGCCACCAACAACGAAGCCGAGUACGAAGCUCUCAUAGCCGGUCUGCAAGCUGCUCGACACGUCGGGGCAACCAAGGUACUCAUACAUUCAGAUUCACAAUUGGCCACGCAGCAGCUGAACGGAACGUUCGAGAUCAAUAGCUCUCGACUCAGGCUAUAUGCGGAGGCCUUUGAGAGGCUCAAGGCGAGCUUCCAAGAGGUCAUCGUAUGCAAGAUUCCCCGAUCGGAGAACCAAAUAGCAGAUGAACUGACAAAGUUGGCUAGCGCACUAACGCCGAUCGUCACCAAUUGUCCGAUAGAGCAAGUCUCCCUAGUGGUGCACGUUGACCGAGCGAGAGGAAUACCAUUUCUGGAUGAUUGGAGGGCACCCAUCGUGAAGCUCCUCCAAUCGGGAAUUUUAACUGGAAAUCACGACGCCGAUCGGAGUUUAAGGAGGAGAGCCGCCCGGUUCACACUGGUAGGCGAGCAACUAUAUAAAAAGGCAUUCUCCCGCCCUCUGCUCAAAUGUGUGGGCUCGGAGGACGCCGAAUACAUCCUCCAAGAGGAGCUCAAACACAGGGCAUCCCAUUGGAAUGAGGCCUUUUGGAAAGUUCUUGCUGGUAGCUGUGGAUUACUUCUCCAAAUGGGUGGAAGUCGAACCGCUAGCAAGGAUAAUAGAAGUAUGGUCAAGAAGUUCAUAUGGCAGAAUAUCAUAUGUCGGUUCAGCAUUCCACGCCGGCUUGUUUCGGACAAUGGGAGACAGUUCACCGGCCAAGAGCUGAAAGAAUGGUGCGAGGGCUAUGGCAUACAGCAAGCUUUCACCUCCGUAGCCUACCCCCAGAGCAAUGGACAAGCGGAGGUCACCAACCGAGAGAUUCUCAGAAUACUGCGCGCCCGGCUCGAUCACAUGGGAGGUAGUUGGAUGGAUGAGCUGCCGAGUGUAUUAUGGGCGCUGCAUACGACACCCAAAGAGGGAACUGGUGUCACUCUGUUCCAUCUAGUAUACGAUGGGGAAGCGGUAGUCCCAGUGGAAAUCGAAGUAGAGUCUGAUCGGGUGUUGCAUUACGACGAAGGAAAUGAGGAGCGGAGGCUGAUGGAACUCGAUAUGGUCAAUGAGGUUCAUGAUAAGGCAGCCGCUCGGUUGACAGUGUAUAGGCAAAGGAUGCGGAAAAACUACAAUCGGCGGGUAAUCCCUAGAUCUUUUCAGUCGGGCGAUCUAGUAUGGAAGAAGGUCAGGCCGGUCGGCGAUGUCAAGAAGUUGGAAGCUCCAUAG